AUCUCUCAACGCAGCCUGUGCCGCGUUGCGCAGAGCACGCCAUGGUAUUGCCUCGCUGCAGUGCGCAAGUACACCUGCACACUUUCUACAGCCCAGACAGCCAAAUGCGUCUCGUCAGCCAGUCCUCUGCCGCUGCAUCAGAAACAUUUUGGUGGCCCCGCCGUUCGAACACCUCACUAGCGCCCAGAACGUCAUCGAGCGCUCACGUUCUCGACGUGAAGCUGCUGAAUCAGCCCUUAUGUCAGCGACGCUCGGUCGCUCUUGCUCCAACGCGGGUGGAAUCCGGGGUAGCGGGCGCUGAUUGGCAGCCAUUCGGAAACCACCAUAAGCCGACAUGAAGCGAGCAGCGUGAGCCGAACGUCCGCACCCACUCCUUCCAUGGGGUAACGAAUUGUUCUGCUCUCAUGUAGAACAUACUUCCAGCUCGCACCUCUCUGAUCACACCCAGGACCAUGGCUGCCAAAACACCCUCAAUGCGCGUCUUGUCGCGCUACCUGCUCAAGCCGCAAGCACCGCUUCACCCUGCGCGUCGUUCCAGGCCUCACAGCCGACAGUACUCUGCUGCGGCUGCCGGUGCAAGACUGAAUGUGCCCCUUGAGUACGACUCGACCCCUCUCCUCCAUCACACUUCCAAAGCCGCCCUUGCGAAUCCUGAGCUGCCAGAGCACAUACGGAAAGGACAGACAAAGCGCAUAAACCUCUACACCGCCGUGAACGAGGCACUCCGCCAUGCGCUGCAGACAGACGAAAGGGUCCUUGUUUUUGGAGAGGACAUCCAGUUCGGAGGUGUCUUUCGCUGCACAAUGAAUCUUGCCGCCGACUUUGGCACAGACCGAGUGUUCAACACACCAUUGAGCGAGCAGGGACUUGUCGGAUUCGCGAUAGGAGCAGCAGCUGAAGGACUGAGGCCCGUCGCUGAAGUCCAGUUUGCCGACUAUGUCUUUCCAGCGUUUGAUCAGAUUCACAACGAAGCAGCAAAGUACAGAUACCGGUCAGGAAGCACAGGAGUGAACUGUGGUGGGCUCACGAUACGCAUGCCCAGCGGCAGCGUGGGCCACGGUGCCUUAUACCACACACAGUCUCCCGAGGCUCUUUUCACUCACACCCCAGGACUUCGCGUCGUCGUACCUCGGUCCCCCGUUCAAGCAAAGGGUCUUCUCCUCGCCUCCAUCAAGACUGCCGAUCCUGUCAUCUUUAUGGAGCCUAAAAUCCUGUACCGCGCCGCCGUCGAGCAGGUCCCUGUCGAUGCGUACGAGUUGCCUCUUGACAAGGCUGAGGUGUUGAAGUCCGGCAAAGAUGUCACCAUCAUUUCCUACGGUACACCACUUUAUACAUGCUCAGCUGCCAUAGCCGCCGCAGAGAAAGACUUUGGCUGCAGCGUGGAGUUGAUCGAUUUGCGGACCAUCUACCCUUGGGACCGAGAGACAGUCUUGAACAGCGUGAAGAAGACUGGCAGAGCAAUCGUUGUCCAUGAAAGUAUGAUGAAUGCUGGAGUUGGCGCAGAAGUGGCAGCAACUAUCCAAGAACAAGCAUUCCUGCGGUUGGAGGCACCGGUCAAGCGUGUAGCUGGCUGGGCGACACAUACAGGGCUGGUGUUCGAAAAAAUAAUCAUCCCUGAUGUUACAAGAGUAUACGAUGCAAUCAAAAAGACAAUAGACUACUAGAUAUCACCAUCUUGCACGUAGAUGCAGAGGCUCAGCUCCGUCUGGCCAAGAUCACAAAUGAGAACAAAAACACUCUGAUACCUUCACUGUAUGCAUCUGAAACCCAAAAGUAAAUCUGACGUUCCUUACAGUGAUGUGCGGAGUUUGAGACGCCUGACGUCACAGAUCGUCAACUAUAAGCAUUGGAGGUCUUGUGCAGCACAAUUCCUCAUUACCGGACUACAGCCAUGAGAUGUAGACUGAAUAUAACUGAGAUUUCCUCUUCUCUCCAACCUGAAUGAUAAGAUGGCGUUUCUCGAAGACAAUUCCAUCACACGAUACACCACACCACCAAACAACUACAUUGGCUCAACUUUAUUCAUCUCCUAUAUUGUGGCCGCAUUAUAUCUUACAGCAACAAUCAGCUACUCGCUCUAUACAAAAUACACAAAUGUAUUCCACUCCGGUUCCUCCUCGUCACCGAGCAACUCC